AUGACAGUGACCUACACAUACCGUGUAGCUGAGGCCCGCCUGGGCACCUUCUCACAGCUUCUGCUACAAUGGAAAGGCAGCAUAUACAAGCUCCUCUAUUGUGAGUUAUUAAUCUUCGUAUCACUUUAUUUUGGCAUCAGCCUCAUCUACAGGUUAAUUCUGAAUGAGAGUCAAAGGCUGAUGUUUGAAAAAUUAGCCCUUUACUGCAAUAGUUAUGCUGAAUUGAUUCCUGUGUCUUUUGUCUUAGGCUUUUAUGUAACUUUAGUGGUAUCUCGCUGGUGGGGACAAUACGAGAGUAUCCCAUGGCCUGACCGCAUUAUGAAUCUGGUUUCAAGUAGCGUGGAUGGGAAGGAUGAGUAUGGGCGUCUUCUGCGACGCACACUGAUGCGCUACAUUAAUCUACUGAGUGUGCUGAUCUUGCGCUCAGUCAGCACUGCAGUCUUCAAGCGGUUUCCCAGCAUGGAACAUGUAGUGACAGCAGGCCUGAUGACACCAGAAGAGCACAAGAAGUUUGAAAGUUUAAAUUCAGUGCAUAACAAGUUUUGGAUCCCAUGUGUCUGGUUCUCAAACUUGGCAGUGAAGGCACGUAAUGAUGGGCGAAUCCGUGACAGUGUACUCCUUCAAGGCAUCUUGAAUGAAAUGAACACACUGCGUAGCCAAUGUGGGCGUCUCUAUGGAUAUGAUUGGAUUAGUAUUCCCUUGGUCUACACACAGGUUGUGACGGUAGCUGUUUACAGCUUCUUCCUUGCAUGUUUAAUUGGUCGGCAGUUCUUGGAUCCAGCUAAGGGGUAUCCUGGCCAUGAAAUGGACCUCUAUGUGCCAAUUUUCACAUUCUUGCAGUUUUUCUUCUAUGCUGGCUGGCUAAAGGUAGCAGAACAGCUUAUCAAUCCAUUUGGGGAGGAUGAUGACGACUUUGAAACUAAUUGGCUUAUUGAUAGGAAUCUGCAGGUCUCCCUUAUGGCUGUGGAUGAAAUGCACCAGGACUUACCAGCAUUGCAGAAGGAUCCAUAUUGGAAUGAAUCAGACCCCCAGCCACCUUAUACUGCAGCAACAGCAGAAUAUAAGAGGACAUCAUUCCUUGGAUCAACUUUUGACAUCAGCAUGCAGAAAGAAGAGAUGGAAUUCCAACCCCUGGAAAAGAUCAAAGAGAACGAGGAAGCAAACCACUCAACACCACUACUGGGGCACAUAAGCCGCUUUCUGAAUGUACAAUCUCCCAAUUUUACCAGGUCACCAAGAAUGAGCCUUAUACGUCGGAGGAAUGAAAAUAUCUCUCCUUCUCCUUGUUAUGCUUAUAUGGAUGGGGUUAAGCCUGGGAACCUCCAAAGUAUUAACCAGCUAAGGGGAGAUAGCUCCCCAUUAGGCAUCGGUUCUCAAGAUCAAUGGGACACUGCAGCCAGUAAACUGAGAGAAUUUGAUGCUUUCACAUCAAGCCCUUUCUAUGAAAGACCUGGGUUCUACAGUGCUCCUCAGACACCCAUCAGCUCAGUCCCAAUGAUCUUGCCAUCCCAGCGUCAAACCCGGAAAAAACCUCCUGCUCUCUCCAAUAUUGCUGCCUGUCCCACUUUUCAGAAGGACAGUGCUACAAGCCAGUCUCCUUGCAAAGCCAGUGAUUUGGAUAGAAGUGAGAACUUGGUUGGCUCAAAAUCAAAGGAGUCUUUUCCGUGGCCAGAUGAAAAAAGCCAUGUUUCAGAUUCAUUAAUCAUGUCAGCUAAAGACGAUACAAAAACCAUAAAUUGGUCAAAAGAAACAUCUCCUCUCGGAAGCCCGGAAAGACCUCUGUCCUCAGGGGACUCUGUAAGUACCAAGUUCCCCUUUGUGGAGUGCACAGGCCCUGAGAUACAAACCAGUUUCAAAAACUUGAAUAACCUGAAAAGCCACCAGCAACUUCCAGAUAACACAUCUCCAGACCAUUCCAGUUUCCUUUAUACUCAUAACAACAAGACUCCUAAUAGCAAUGGUCCUGUCACUUUCUUUCCCUUCACCUCUUUGACUCCCACAGGGCUUGAGCCAUCUCAUCGGAGCAAAGGAAAUGCUGCUGUUGUCACUCGUUCAGAAGCUUCCCCUGGAGUUACAAAGCAAGAUAGUUCAGCUGCUUCUGAAGCUGCAAAUGACCUGGAAAGUAUUUAUUACACUGAGGAGCAGAGAAAGACCACCAGCUCUUCACCUAAUGACUCUGGCAUCUCUCUAGCAGAAAGAGACUUUGUGGGAUUAAUGGAAGUGAUCAUGGAAAUAAGUGAGAACACAAGCGAUGAACAGAAGGGAGAGAAGGGACAGUUCAGUUAA